AUGACAUCAUCUUUAUCGCAGAGUAGGGUUUUAAAUCCUGAUCUGGAGGAUCGUUCAUUAUUGAGGUAUCAGUCUAUUCACGUAUCAGAGCAUAUUUGGGAUGGACGUGAGCACCCAGUUUUAAAGGUGAGAAGGAGUCACUUCAUACCGGCUGACAUGGAAGGGGUUCCAGUGGAGAUACUUCCUCAUCUAAUCUUAGCUGGAUUUGUUGGAGUAGCUCAGUUGACAUGCUUUCCUAUUGAUCGACAUCUUAUUACAGCCUUGACAGGGUUUCGUAUAGAUGGAAAGGUAAUGAUUGCAGCUGUAGGAGGUGAUAAGACACAAAUUGUAGAAGAUUUGCUUGGUAUUAGACCACCUGCUGAUGCAUUUUAA